CGCUGCGGGCCGCUCGUCGGCCAGAGCGAGUCAGAACGCCCAGAAUGGGAGCGUCCGGCACGCGGUGGCUCUUUGCAAGCUUUCCAAAGAGUAGACGUGUCGCGCUCGUCCGCUUGGAACACGUUGUUCGCGUGGCUUUCCCGGCGCUGAAAGUGUGACUGUACGUCUCAUUUUUCUCUUGGCAUUGCAUUAGAUUUCCUCUGCCUUUUCUGCUUUGAUUAACUUUGUCUCAAAGGUAGCCCUGUGUGGAGUUUCGCGCGGAGCGCCCCAAUACGUAAUUGAAUCAAGUGCGAGUGAAAGUGCGCUGGAUUUUUUGUGACGACAUUGUCCGUGCAGUUAGUGAACAGACCUGCCUUUAAGCGUCAAUUCGUUUGAAAAAGCAAGUGAACACCGUGGACGCUCUCGCAAUGGGGCAUUGCAUCCGUGGUUUCUUCUGAGCUGUCGGGAUGCGACCAACAGGUGCUUCGUACCAGUAGCAACACCGAGCAAGACGUAACGAGUUUGCCGAGCGGACGAUGGAAGGCGGAAGCGGAAACGCUGGCGGCGCCUCCUGGACCGAGAGCGAACACAGCGCGGCACUGGACUCACUGGUUGCUGCCAUCGAGAAUUUCACGAUUGAACACCACGGCUCAGGGCAGCCGGAUGCGCCUUUCGACGAAAGCUACUUGGCCAAUUUAUCCCUCGCGCAGAUACGCUGCUACAUUGCGGCCCUCAAUGAGUCCCAAGCCUAUCUUCUGGACGACAACGGGGGACCUCUCACCUGUCACCGCACGUGGGAUGGCCUGUCCUGCUGGCCAGUGACGAACGCUGGAGCUGUGGCCACACUGCCCUGUUUCUCGUUCCUCAACGACCUCUUCUACGACACGUCGAACAACGCAACGAGGACGUGCCUCGAGAACGGAACGUGGGCAGACAGGUCGGACUACUCUGGCUGCAAGCCACUCGUCGAUGUCGAGAGAGAGGUGGACGAGACAACAUUGUACUAUAUUGGUUACGGGGUGUCUCUCUUCGCUUUAACCAUUGCCCUCUGGAUAUUUCUUUAUUACAAGGACCUGCGGUGCUUAAGAAAUACCAUUCACGUGAACCUCAUGGUGACCUACUUUCUGGUAUCGAUUGUGUGGAUGACAACGGCGACACUGCAGUCCAUACCAUCUCCUGUCUACAGAACGGGGGCGUGUUUCCUCUAUAUCGUUCUCACUUACCUCAUGGGCACAAACUUUUUCUGGAUGUUCGUCGAAGGCCUCUACUUAUACAUACUCGUCGUCAAGACAUUCUCUGUGGAACUAGUGAGGAUACACGUUUACGCUUUCGUCGGAUGGGGGCUACCAGCCUUAGUGGUGACCAUUUGGGCGAUUACAAAAGCUUACUUCAGUGCCAAUCGCAAUGAUCCUGCCCUCUUCGACGGCUUAUGUACGGUAGCGUUUAAAAACAAGGCAGAUAUGUCCCAGUACUUUAAGCUGUUGCUUCUGCCUCCUAAGGAAAAGAUAAAUGCGACUGCUGACUCUGCACCAUGUUUUGCAAAGAGGAAUGUUGCCCUUUCAUUAUUUUCUGCAUGUCUUGCGGCUUACAUCGUUGAGCCUCUCUUAUCCUUUUCACAUCCGCAAUUUCCCAAUUGUUCUUUUUGCAGCUGCGUCUGGCAGUUGAAAGACAUUUACGAUUGUGUCUUUAUCUGUCCUGUCGCCAUUGUCCUUUUGGUUAACAUGUUCUUCAUGGGAGAAAUAAUGUGGGUAUUAAUUACAAAGCUGCGAGCCACAACGACAAUUGAAACGCAACAAUACAGAAAAGCCGCGAAGGCUCUGCUUGUCUUGACUCCGCUGCUCGGAGUAACAUAUCUAUUGGUGAUCUGGACUCCGUCUCACAAAACUGCCAAGAUUGUCUUCACCUACUUGCAGAUCACACUCCUCUCUACUCAGGGCUUCACUGUUGCAGUUCUUUAUUGCUUCUUUAAUGGCGAGGUACGAAGCACUAUCCGUCACCACUUCCAGCGCUGGCGGACGGCUCGCGCCCUGUGUGCCGAGCAGAAGCGACAGGGGCUCAACUACCGCGUCGCUUGCCGCCGGCCGUCGUCGUGCGCCAUCUCCAGUGUGGGAGCGGGAACAGCGACGCACGGGGACACGGGGCGGCUCUACAAGGGACGGGCGCCCCGAUCGAGCUGCAUCAGCUUCGCCUCGACAACGUCCACGGUUGCUCCGCAUGCCGGCUACCUAGGUCCGGCGCACCGCUUCAGCAACGGUGCCUUUGGGCCGACGGGAAAAGACGACGCCGUCUAGGGCAGCUGGUGGCGGGAUCGCGAACCCUGACUUCUGAGCUUCAACACGCCUGUUUUCGACCAAUUUAUCUCCAAAUCUGACCAGGACGUGUUUGUGACACUGUUCUUGUUAUGUCAACUGUAAGAACGAGAGGACACUCUCUCUCAAGAGAGAUACGAGAAAGAGAUGUGGGCCUCGUGGAACUAGCAACAGUACCGUCUGACUGCGUUGCCGCAAGGUGCGCGAUCACAAGCAAGAAGCAAACUAAAGACAGCAUUAGAUAAAAAAAGUUGUCUUGUUUUUGCUCCAAGCACUUUUCGUGAACAAUAAACAAAUAAGAACAAGAAAAAGAAUGACGAGAAAGAAGUAAAAAGAGCUGGUAAUCAGUGAGGAGGAUUCAACAGCGCAUACAGACAAUGGAGAAACAGAAAGACAUCGCUAUGGUGGUGCUCUCAGGGGGGGAACACCUCGUCUUCUUGAGAUUGCUAGUGCACAAUACUCGUGGUGCCGUGGUAGUUUGUGUCAAGCUCCCGCAGUGUUUUACAUUUUUACUAAUAUACUCCACGCCUAAACCACCAAAAUUGCUACAUAUAGCUAAAAUAAGAUCUGCUUUGCCUUGCUCCGUUUAGAACUUCAGAGUAAAUUGCUUUGCGCAAAUAGAAGAAAUCUGUUAUUCAUGUGAACAUCGCCGAAAAAGAUUUCAACGAAAGGAUAAGAAUACACAUACUUUGCUCGAUCAAUUACCAAGAGUAAAGUUUUUCUACCGAACAAGAAAGACUGGCCCAAUGAAUUGAAACCUAGAAACAAUAACAGGUUUGUUGAUUACGUUUCAUGAUUUCUUGUCCCGUGCAACAGGACACAUUAGGGAUAGGCAGUACAAUGCUGAAAAUUUUGCUGGCAGUGGUCCAGUGUCACUCACUACGGGUUGAUGGCAUCGUAGAAACCGAAAUUAUUCGAAAUGGAAGCAUGUGAUCAAAAGCAAUUUCUGGCAACAGCUUCUAAUAUUACGGCAGAACUGAAAGCACCAGAUUGUCCACCCAUGCUCAUAGCCAAGAUUCUUUCAUAAAGACCCGUCAAAUGCUUCUUAUUGUUCUUUUUCACUUCGUUGAGACGCAUUUCAACAAUCCUACGGCUGUAUUCUUUCUAUCUAAUGCAGACUAUGCACUGUACACAUGCGAAUGAAAUGUGGUCAAGCUUUUGUCAGAGAGCAAUUUCCUUCUGUUCUCUGGUAUUGUUUCACCCACGUGUGCUUUAAGCUCAGCUGCUGACAGAUUUUCCCGCAUAACUAUAAAUCAUGGCUUAGCCUUUGAUUUCGCGAUAAGAACCUCUGCGUGAUUAAUUUCGCUAGUAUUUUCUUACUAAUCAAAUUAUCUUAUUCAAAAGUAUUAUCAGUCCGCUGGCUAAAACGCAAUGAGCUGAUAUUUUUAACGCAUUGGUCGAACUAGUGCCGUUCACCUUUCCGAAUAGGGCUAUGCUGGGCUCUGUAAUUGAUGAACCACUUCGUCAUUCUCAACUGCUGAACGAGUGUGACAUCCCUCUAGAAACAGGCCGGUUGUCUUCAACAUUGGCGAUGCCCAGCUGCCGAUUAUAUGAAACACGGUUUUCAAUAAUCCCAUGGGUUAACAUUUCGGAUGGUAUUGUGAUGAACACAUGCUUCAUUCAUAUGCAUGAGCAUGGAGGUUUACGACACAAAAUAAGAGAAAUGAGAGUUGCCAUGAACUCGUGCGCGACGUUCCGCUGAUUUUUCAAAAUGGGUGUUUAAAGUUGCCGCGAGGAGUCACGUUACAGCUGUUAACGCCCUAAGUCCCUCCGUGCAGACAUUGCACUUUGUGCUUGGCAUGGCGCGGGUAAAAGUAUAUCGUCUCUGAUAGUGACAGGCUUCAGGACUCUGCAUGUUAUGCUCCUGUAGCGUGAUGCUUUAUCAACUGUUUAAGAUUCAGGAAUUCGUCCCUGUUGCGCCUUGUCAUUCCAGUGCCACCUCAUCGUAAUGAUUUAGCGUCCAUUCUUCAUGGUUGUAGCGCUGCGCAGUAUGAAGUUUAGGGAGAUAGUGAUGUUUACAAUGAAGGUGAAAUGUUUUCGUGCUUUCGCGUCCUUGUCAAUAAAAUGCGUGUUUUAACUUCA